ACACAGAGAGCAGGGACAGCACCGUGGCGGGACCAGAAGAACUCUGCAGCUCUCAUUUCCAGAACUUUCCAUCUCACUCACGGCGUUGUGCAGGUUCCUGUCCCCCUGGAACCCGGGCUGCACCACAGCGGGAGCAGGAGAGGUGUGUUCACCACCCCCCCCCCACCCCACCCACCCCGCACCGGGUGACCUCUCCGCGGCGUAACUCAGGUCCCACAGCAUGCAGGCGGCUGGACGAGGCUCUGUGCAGGAGUGCGGAUCUGCUCAGCGCUGAGCGGAGGGAGUGGAUCCAGACAGUGGAACAGCAGCAAAGGGAGCAGCGUCACUGGAGAACUCGGACGCCAGCGGAGGAGGUGUGCGGGUGUGAUGGGGUCGAGGCUACUGUGCUCAUUCUGGGGUGUCCUCCUCUCACUCUCACUGCUUCCACGGCCAUGCCAUAGCCUGUCCGUUCGCUUCCAGAGCCAGCAGCCUCUCCAUGUGAUUCUCACCCAGAGCCUGGUUCUGGAAGCCCAGAUCGACCGCAGCCAGGAGGAGCGUGUCACCGCGGUGACGUGGGAGAGAGAGGCUGAGGGCGGAGCUAGCACAGGGAAGGUCCGGGUGGCUGAGUUCCCUGAGAAAGCCUCCAGCAGUCGCAUAACCAUAGAACAGCAGGGCACGAUACUGAUGGUGAAGGACUUCAGACAUGAGGACCGAGGAGUUUACAGGAUCACUGUGACCGACCAGGCGGGGGCGAGGGUGUCGGCCGAGCGCAUCGUACGAGAGUAUGAGGCCGUUCACCACGUCUCUGUGUCCAUUAACGUGUCUCACUCCGUGCUGUCGUGUGGAGAGGCCUGGGGCACUGACCCCAGCUUCAGCUGGCUCCACGACUCCGUCGCCGUGACGCCACAGGUGGGUCGUGUCUCUGCGGACGGAAAGACGCUCCACCUGUCCACCACGCCGUGCGGACACUUCACCUGCAUCGUCAGCAACAGCCUGGGACACAGCUCCGCCACCUACACCGCAGAUCCGUGUGAGAGAGGAGGCAGUGGCACCGUUGUGGCUGUGGUCCUCCUGGUCAUUCUGCAGCUGCUGGGAGGAGCCCUUGCUUUCCUGCUCUGGAGGAGGUACAGGCGACACCGGAACAGAGGAGAGAGGUUGAACGACCCUUACGAAGACCAGCUGUGAGGAAGAGCCUUUGUCAGGACCCCACUGUAGCUCCACCCCCUUCUCCCACCCA